UGGAUGAGAACCCAGAAGCAGCAUUGCAUAGGGAGGGAUUAUUUUAUUCCCUCCAUUGGCCGUAGUAGCAGCGUUGUGUGGCGGUGACAACCAUGGCCGACUCAUCUCAAGACCUUGACCAACUCCUCGAUAGUGCUUUGGAUGAUUUUCAGUCCUUCAACCUCAAUCCUCCCCCUCCAAGUGGGGAAGCAAGUGCGAACAAGAAGAAGGAGAGUCCUUCUUUGGCGUCGGGGGUGCAAGGAUUGGGCAUGGGUUUACCCGAUUUGAGAACGAAGAAAAAGGGGAAACAGAAGGCUGCUUCCAAAGACAGCCACGUGUCGGAGGCGCUCAACAAGCUCAGGGAGCAGACCAAAGAGGCUGUUAAAGGGCUGGAGUCUAUUUCCACACCCACUGCCGAUGAUUUGGGGAAGGAUGCCUUGAUGGAGGAUUGGGUGAAACAGUUUGAGCAGCUUGCUGGCUCUCAGGACAUGGAAUCUAUUGUGGAGACCAUGAUGCAGCAACUUCUGUCCAAGGAGAUUCUUCAUGAACCAAUGAAGGAAAUAGCAGAGAAGUAUCCUAAGUGGUUGGAAGAGCACAAAUCCAGCUUAAGCAAAGAAGAGUAUGAUCGCUAUUCACACCAAUAUGAACUGAUACGAAAUCUUAAUGAAGUUUACGAUAAUGAUCCCGGAAACUUCAACAAGAUUGUUGAGCUUAUGCAAAAAAUGCAAGAAUGUGGACAACCACCAAAUGAUAUCGUCCAGGAGCUUGCUCCUGAUUUUGAUUUAGCCAGUCUUGGCCAGUUAUCUCCAGAGAUGCUUGAAACUCAGCCAAAUUGUUGCAUAAUGUGAAGCUAUUUCUUCCCUUUUACUAUGUUGCAGCUGCUGGUUUACAGUUUUUUAGGAAUAUUUAAUUUUCACUUGUCAGAAUAAAAUAGUUUUAUGCGCUACAAUGUUUUUUCCUACUUACUAUAAGGUUAUGAGGAAUCCACAAUUAAAGCCUCUUUUUAAGGUUGUAUAUGAUGAGUGCUUGUCUAUCAAUAUUUUCUCUGGAAGCUAAUAGAUUACGAGUUGCAAACGAAA